AUGUCUUACGCCGAUGCAGCUGCCAAGGGCCCCAAGCAGUCCCCCGAGGAUGCUCGCGCUCCCCCUAUGGGUGGAGUCUACCACGAUGAAUCCGAGAGCACGGCCUCGUUGAUCGACGUUGAUGGCCCCCAUGUGCAGACUGUGGAGUCCGAUUUCCUCGAGAACGAUGUGAAAACCACCACUCAGGCGGAGCGGAUAGAGCGCGAAGCCGAUGAGGAGGAGAAGCGUGAGAAUGAGGAGAAGAAGAAGAAGGCCAAGACCCACAAGGUGAAGAGCAGUGGCAUCUGUGAAAACAGCUGCAACCCUGUCUUCAUUGCCAACGCCGCUAUCGCAACUGUGGUCGGUGCAGGCCUCGGCUUCGGCGCCUACAAGCAACACGCGCGGGGCAACCUCUCCUGGGAACUGGUCGGACUCUCUGCCGGUGCUGUUGGAAUCUUUGGUGCCGUGGACUACUUGGUCAGCAAGUGGUUCUUGCAGAACAAGUUCCCCCCCAAAUAG